UUUUCAGUGAUCAUCUUUUUCAGAAUUAAUAAUUGGUUGUAUAUUUGUGGCCUGUGGACGUUUUGCUCAUGGUGGUGAUAUCGAUAUUGCUGACGCCUGGCCCAUCCUUUAACAGUGUUAUGUUGAAAUCCCUGUAUUAUCUCCAGCUGUCCAUGGGUAUUUUCAGUCCCCUGCGCUCCGCCGUACUGCUGCUGCUGUGGCAGCUGCUACAUCUCCUCAUCUCCGCGUACACCUUCACGGUGUCCAUCAUCUGGCGCUGGCGGCACGCCCGCCACACCAUCCACCCCGCUGACUACGCCGACACGGCGCGCCGCGACCGCCAGUGCCUGUCCAAGAUCCCCGUGCAUCUGGGCAUCGUCUUCGCCGCGACGCCGUCGCGCUUUCCCCUGGAGAACCUCCUGGAGCUCGUCACGUGGUCCGCCGCCUUUGGCGUGGCCUACGUCAGUGUGUAUGAUGCACAGGGGGUGUGGAUGAGUCGGGUGAGGGAAGUGCGAAGCAGACUGAUGCAGGAGGUUCCCGCGUCGCAGUUUCUCCUGCGGGAUGGGGUACGGAAGAACGGUGUUAAGAAGCCUGUCGCCGUGGACGAAAAGAUGAUUAAUUUUAACGGUGUCAAUGUGAUAUUUCUGUCGGAGUCGGAUGGGAAAUCGAAUAUUGCCAAAUGUGCCGAGGAUGUCUGUCGGGAUGUGCUAAAUGGAACGCUAUCCACCGAGGACAUUGAUCAGAAUGUACUUCAGUCGUACAUUUCAGAUAAGCAGCCUUUUCCGGAUCCGGAAUUAAUAUUGAAAAUCGGGCGGACCAACAGUCUUGCUGGAUACUUGCCUUGGCACGUGCGAUUAAGUGAAAUUAUAUAUUGUCCACGAUGGGACUCUGUGUCUUUCCAAGAAUUCCGCUGGGCCCUGUACCGGUACUCGCGGGUCGAGCAGCGGAUCGGGCGGUAAAACAAUGCACACUGGUGGUUUUCUCUGUUUGCGGUUGUUGCCGGUUUAAUUCCGUUUAAAAUUGAUUACUAGUUAAUUUAAUUGAUUUUAUUCCACGUUUGACUUGUCUUGACAGUUGACUGUGUUGCAGUCGCCAGUGAAGGGUGUUUUGUACAGCAGAAUGUUUAGCGUGUUGGACAAAUAAUACAUAUGUGGUAAAAUAAAAUGUUUG